CAUUCGCUCGUCGCCCUUCGGCAGUCGUCGGCGGACCGGCCGGAUGGAUGAGUGUGUUCACGUCAGUCUCGUCGUUGCAAUCACUUAAAUGUCAAAUUCAAUGAUUCCGAAAGUCAGUUUGACAUGUGCACCGCGACAUCGUAAACAUUAAUAAUGUAGCGCGUUUAAAGUGUUUGUUAAAUUAGAUCGGCUAAUAUUUCGCGUUAUCCAGUAAGAAUUCCCGUAUAAACAGACUCGUUUUCGUUUGUGAUCGUGUUUUGCCAAUCCGCACCUAAUGUGCCGCGGUCCUGCGAACGUUUCAGCUUCGGUUCGAUGGACUAUGGCAGGAUCUGAUGGCGUGUUGUGGAGGGAGUACUUAAGAUAGGAUGUCAAAGUGAUUCACGAUGGACCGCGUGAGUGGAGUGUGUCGGUUCGGCGGAGUGGUGUCGGCGGUCAGCAGGAGGAGCGGGCGCAGCCGGCGGCGGCUGGCGAGCUCGGCCCCGGCGCCCGACUGCAGACCGGAGACCCCGCGCCGAGGGCUAGGCGCCGUACUCAUCCUCACCUGCAUCGUCGUCUACCACAACUGCCUCUACUGCGGUUUCGUGUUCGAUGACAUCAAUGCUAUAAAAGAAAAUAGAGACUUGAGACCUCAGACACCAAUUUCGAACAUCUUCCUGAACGACUUUUGGGGAACACCAAUACAUAAGGAGCAGUCACAUAAAUCAUACCGUCCUCUGACGGUCCUGACGUUCCGAUGGAACUACGCCGUGCACGGGCUGCACCCGGCGGGGUACCACCUCGUGAACCUGCUGCUCCAUGCCCUGGUGUCACUCUUGUACUACAAGGUGUGCGCAAUGUUCCUGCCGGAGUUUGCAAGUUUCGUGGCAGCCAUGCUGUUUGCCGUGCACCCGAUACACACCGAGGCGGUGACGGGCGUGGUGGGUCGAGCGGAGAUGCUGUCCUCCGUGUUCUUCCUCGGAGCUCUGCUGUGCUACGCUCGGGCUGCAAGCAGGAGGAGAUGUACAGACUGGCGCUACGUGGCCGCGUGCGCAGUGUGCGUGGGCGUGGCCAUGCUGUGCAAGGAGCAGGGCAUCACCGCCACCGGCGUGUGCGUCGUGUACGAGCUCUUCGUGGCGCAGAAGCGCCGUGGAACCAGCGGUGGCAAUCGUUGGUCGUGGCUGGAGGCGUGGGGUAAAGGGUCGGGUUGGGGCUACGCGUGCGGCGAGGCCGCUCGGCGCGUCGUCACCCUGUGCUGCGCCAGCCUCGCCCUGCUGGCGGCCAGGCUGCACGUGAUGGGCGCUCAGCUGCCAGUGUUCACGAGAUUUGAUAAUCCAGCCGGAGCCACUAUUGGGCCUGCUAAGCAUUUGACUUUCGCUUACCUGCCCGCGCUGAACGCGUGGCUCCUCGCGCUGCCCGAGGCCCUGUGCUGCGACUGGACGAUGGGCACAGUGGCGCUGCUGGAAUCGUGGCAAGACCCCAGGAAUCUGGCCACCGCGGCGCUGUUCAUUGGCUUGUUGGUCGCCGCGAUCCACGCGCUGCGUACACGGUGUACUGCUUUGUCUAUGGGCCUAGCGCUCCUGGUUCUGCCCUUCUUGCCAGCGUCCAAUCUCUUCUUCCCGGUGGGAUUUGUGGUGGCCGAGCGCAUCCUCUACAUGCCCUCGAUGGGCUGGUGCAUGCUGGUCGCCCACGGGUGGCGUCUGGCCGCCAAGAAACACGCCAAGACGGCCGUGGCUGCACUCAUAUUUAUACUCUUCGCCUUUAGUAUCAAGACUUACGUCAGGAACUGGGAUUGGAAGACUGAAUAUUCUAUUUUCGCUUCGGGUUUAAGGGUGAAUCGCAACAACGCCAAGCUGUAUAACAACGUUGGGCACGCUUUAGAAGCGGACGCGCGAUACACGGAGGCCCUGGAGUUCUUCAACACGGCCGUCAGCGUCCAGCCUGAUGACGUCGGCGCCCACAUCAACGUCGGCCGCACCUACAACCAUCUCGGCAAAUACCAAGAAGCCGAAGAAGCAUAUAUGAAAGCCAAGUCUUUACUGCCUAAAGCUAAACCCGGCGAGUCGUACCAGGCCAGAAUAGCCCCCAACCAUCUGAGCGUGUUCCUGAACCUUGCCAGCUUGAUAUCCAGGAAUGCCACGAGACUGGAGGAGGCAGAUAUGCUGUACAGACAGGCGAUCAGCAUGAGGGCGGACUACACUAGGGCGUAUAUCAAUAGGGGCGACAUUCUAAUAAAAUUGAAUAGGACGAAAGAGGCGCAGGAGGUGUAUGAAAAAGCGCUUCUGUAUGACAGCGGCAAUCCGGACAUUUAUUACAAUCUGGGCGUGGUGCUGCUAGAGCAAGGCAAGGCAUCGCAAGCGCUGGCGUACCUGGACAAGGCGCUGGAGCUGGAGCCCGAGCACGAGCAGGCGCUGCUCAACUCCGCGAUCCUGCUGCAGGAGCUCGGCGCCGCCGACCUGCGCCAGGUGGCGCGCCAGCGCCUGCUCAAACUGCUCGACAAGGAUUCAACGAACGAGCGCGUGCACUUCAACCUGGGCAUGGUGUGCAUGGACGAGGGCGACGCGGAGUGCGCGGAGCGGUGGUUCCGCGCGGCCGUGCACCUCAAGCCGGACUUCCGCUCCGCGCUAUUCAACCUGGCGCUGCUGCUGGCCGAUCGCCGCCGCCCGCUAGAGGCCGCGCCCUUCCUCAAGCAGCUAGUGCGCCACCACCCCGACCACGUCAAGGCGCUGGUGCUGCUCGGCGACAUCUACAUCAACUCCGUCAAGGAUCUGGACGCCGCUGAGAGCUGCUACCGGCGCAUCCUGGAGCUGGAGGCGGACAACGUGCAGGCGCUGCACAACCUGUGCGUGGUGGCGGUGGAGCGCGGCGCGCUGGCGGCGGCCGAGGAGUGCCUGGCGCGCGCGCUGUCGCUGGCGCCGCGCGAGCACUACAUCCGGCGGCACCUCGCCGUCGUGCGCGCGCGCUGGAACUACAUCCCGCAGCAGCCGCCCGACCCGCACGAGGCGGACCCCGAGUAGAGCCCCGCGCGGAGGCGUUCCGUUGACGAUCAGGGUAUUGAAAAUUAAAAGUCGCUCCGCUCUUUCCGAUCUGAAUUUGAAAUUUGCUAAUGACGAGCCUUCGUCGCUCCCGAUUCGUACCUGUAAAAAUCUGUAUUUCUCGGUAUCGCUCUGUGAGGGGACGAGUCGAUUAAUAAACCGCUAAUGUC